UGAAACAAGAUUGCUUGAACUUUGACCAACUCGAAAAAUUUCAAUCUUUGCUCAUUUCAACUUUUGCUCUUCUUCGGACAAAUUUCAAAAAAACGUAUUCCUCAAAAAAUAACAUUCGUAUCCGAUUCAAUACUAUCAACAAAAUGCAUUUCUCUCACGCUCUCGUUACUGCUUUGACAGUUAUUGCAACUCAAACAAGUGCUUUGCCUCUCCGUAAUGCUGCUGGUCCAAGUAGCGGCAUGCAAGCCAGAGGUGUGAAUGCAUGGCAGCAAGGUACCAUUGAUACUUUGGCAUCUCGUGGUGUAGACGUUGACGCUGCUCGUGAAAGCGUUGGUGUUUUUGCACGUUAUGCUGAUGUCAAGGAUGACCAUGAACGUAGUCUCUUUAUCGCUCGCGAUUUGAGCAAACGUGGUAUCCUUGAUAUGUUGGUUGCCGCUCUUCGUGAUAUUGUCGUGGAAUUGUUGGGCAAAAGUGGUACAGCACGUAAACGUGAUGCUGAUCAAACCACAAAUCAAUUACAACAAUUGACCGGUUUGAAUUUCUCAACACCGAGUGAAGCUCGUGCUUCUUGGUCACAAAUGCUAGACGCUCUCAGUAAAGCAUUAGAACAAGAAUCAAAAACGCUCAAACAACAAGCAAACGUGAACGGAACUGCUUCUGCUUCAGGUGAAAAGGCAAAAGGUACUGCCACCUCUGUCAAAUCACAAGUUUCAGCUUCAGCAAUUCCUUCAGGUUCAGCUGCUGCUUCCGCUUCUGCUUCUCCCAGCGCAACUGCUGCAGGCGCUGCUGAUCGUAAAGUGGAAACUCCUCGUCAAGGAAACAAAGCUGCCAAGAGAGCAAUCGAUCAAGAUGCUAUCGUAAUGGAAUUAGCCGCACGUCAAGAAGAAGGUGUUGAAGGAUUAUUGCAAGUCUUGCGUAAUUUGGUUGAUGCAAUUCUGAAUACAUUAUUGCCAAUGAGUUCUAGAAGUGAAGAUAGUGGAUCUGAAUCCUCUUCUUCUUCAUCAAAAUCUUGCCCGCCCGCCGGAACGCCCAAUGAUGGUAUGUAUAGACCAGGAUGUCCAGGUUAUGGACGUCGUGAGGUCACAGACGCAUUGUUGCAAGUUCGAGAUGCGGCAAGCAGUUCUCAAGAAUUAUCAGAAUUGAUGCCUUUGUUGGAAGAACUCAUUCAACGUCUUCCAGAAAUGAUGGGAGGCGGUAUUAGCUCAUCAACAUCGGCAAACAGUACAAAUGCAUCUGCAUCAACGCAAGCACCACAUGCAAGUACAUCCGCAGCAGCUUCUUCUGACGGUUCUGCAAGCACUUCCACAAGACAUGACAGUGCUGCUCCAAUGAGCGCCGCUAAACUUUCCAUCAACACUCGCUCUCUAUUGGAAGCUGACGGUUUUGAAUUGGAAAAGCGUCAAUCUAGUAACAGUUUGGCAAAUGCCAUCACUCAACUAGUUGAUGAUCUUUUGGAAGGUCUAUUAGGCACAGAAAACAAUUCCACCGAUACUACUGGUGCAACAGGUGCUGCAAAGAAGGACAAAGACCUUUCUGAUGACAGCAGCUCGAGCAGCAGCGGCAGCAACAGCAACAGUCUUUUGAUGAGCUUGAUGAGCAGCUUGAACAAACGUGAUGGCGGUCUCAACCUUGACUUGUUGAACAACUUGUUGGGUAACCUUUUGAGCGGUUCAGGAUCAAGUCAAUCUUCCAACCUGAACAAUGACGGCAGCGCCAACGGAGACAAACGUGAUGGAGGUUUGAACCUCAACUUGCUCAACAACUUGUUGGGUAACCUCUUGAGCGGUUCAGGAUCCAAGCAAUCUUCCGACUCCAACAAUAAGCGUGAUGGUGGUUUGAACUUAAACUUGCUCAACAACUUGCUCGGAAACCUUUUGAGCGGUGAUAACGCCUCUCAAUCUUCCGAUUCCAACAACAAGCGUGAUGGCGGUUUGAACUUGAACUUGCUCAACAACUUGCUCGGAAACCUUUUGAGCGGUGAUAACUCUGCCCAAUCUUCUAACUCGAACAACAAGCGUGCUGAUUUCCAACCUGUUUGGACUGAACUCAAGAAUCUCGGUAACAAACAAUUUGCUUCUGCCCAUGCCGAACGUCGUGAUGCUAACUCUGGUUUCACACCCGUUUGGACUUCAUUCCGUGAUAUGGUUGAUGAUGCUUAUGCUCAUGGUGUUCAACGUCGUUCUCCUUUGCCUUCGCCCUCGCCCAAAGUUGAUACUUCCGCUUUCACACAUGCAGCAGCAAACUUUGUCAAACAAACCAUUUUCAAGCAACACGAUCGUCGUGCUAUCAACGGUGAACAAUUUCAACCUUUGAUUCACGCAGCCGGCUCAUUUGCAAAGAGUCAAAUGCAAGAAUGGACAGAUGCUUUGAACGAACAUAGCUCAAAGCACGGUAAGAUUCACGCUUAAUUUGUUUUUCUAGUGUCACCGGAUAGUAUCAGUCAUAUAUAAUCAAU